AUGGAACCAAGGAACAAUGUGACUUUCUUUAUCCUCCUGGGCCUCACGCAGAAUCCAAAGGAGCAAAAAGUCCUUUUUUUUAUAUUCUUGCUCUUUUACAUUUUGACUGUGGUGGGCAACCUGCUGAUUGUUGUGACUAUAACUGUCAGUAAGACCCUGAACUCACCUAUGUACUUUUUUCUUGCUAGCUUAUCAUUUAUUGAUCUAAUUUACUCUUCAUCUAUUACCCCUAGAUUGAUUUUAGACUUGUUAUUCAGGGACAAUACCAUAUCCUUUGAAUCUUGCAUGACCCAGCUCUUUACUGAGCACUUUUUUGCUGGAUCAGAGAUUUCCCUUCUGUUGGUGAUGGCCUAUGACCGCUAUGUGGCCAUCUGCAAGCCCUUGCAUUAUUUGGUUAUCAUGAGGCAAAGAGUAUGUGUUGUGCUACUUGUGCUGUCCUGUAUUGGAGGUUUUCUGCAUUCAAUUAUUCAACUGAGCACUAUUUAUGGGCUCCCAUUCUGUGGCCCCAAUGUCAUUGAUCACUUUAUUUGUGACAUGUUCCCCUUAUUGAAACUUGUCUGCACUGAUACCUAUGUCACUGGCAUCUUAGUGGUGGCUAAUGGAGGAUUGAUGUGCAUUAUUUUGUUUCUGCUCUUACUCAUCUCCUAUGGAGUCAUCUUGCACUCUCUAAAGAACCUGAGUCAGGCAGGGAGACAGAAAGCCAUCCAGACCUGUGGUUCCCACAUCACUGUGGUUGUCUGCUUCUUUGUUCCCUGUAUUUUCAUAAAUGCAAGACCUGCUAAGACCUUCCCCAUUGACAAAUCAUUGAGCAUAUUUUAUACAGUCAUAUCCCCCAUGCUGAACCCAUUAAUUUACAGUCUAAGAAAUUCUGAGUUGACUAAUGCUAUGAAGAAGCUCUGGAGAAAAUCAUAUUAUAUUAAGUGGUAA